CUUUUUCAACCUUACAGCCUCUGACAAGAUGUUCUCUGCUGCUAGUCCUUGUUCCGCUGCAGUCGAGGACGUCUUUGGUCCUGUGGUCGCAGGGUCGUGUUUAGACGGCUUCGACUUUACUCUAUUAUUCGAGGAGACCAUCCUCACGAUUCUGCCACUGGCUAUCGCAUUUGUGCUCGCUGUCGUGCGACUCAUCGCUCUGCAUCAGGAGGCUGUCAAGAUCAAGCAUUCAUACCAUGUGCCGUGCAAGAUGCUGGCCUAUCUGGCCUACAUGGCCCUUCAGGUCGUGCUCCUUUCAUGGUGGGCAAGGCCAAAUGUCGCUCAGACUCAAGCCAGCCUGGCGACUACUGCACUGUCCUUAGUGGCCUUUGGUCCAUUCAUAUGGCUGUCGUACUGGGAGCAUAAGCGCUCACUACGACCAUCGACUCUAUUGACCGUUUACCUUGGCCUGUCCACGCUGCUCGAUCUGACACGCGUGCGGACGCUCUUUUUCUUUGCCGCUGGGCGCAAUAUCGCCUUUGUCUUUCUAGCGAGCUAUUGUGUCAAGAUCAUGCUUCUUGGUCUGGAGCUCACGGAGAAAGGAGACCUCGUUUUGGAUGAUGGGAAGACAUGUGGACCGGAAGACACAGCUGGCGCAUACCAACGCGCCCUGUUCCUCUGGCUGAACCGUCUGUUUGCCAGAAGCUAUCGAUCGCAGUUAUCACUCGAGACGCUCCCCAAGAUCGACCACGACAUUCUGUCUGCUUCGAAUCCUGACGGUCUCAGAGGCAGAUGGGCGGGCGCGAACAAGUCCCAUAGGCUUGCCCUUCUCUGGACAUUCGUGAUGCAUUACAAGUGGACUGUUUUGGCCCCGGUGCUUCCUCGACUGGCAUACACCGGCUUCACGUUUUCACAGCCCUUUCUUAUCAACAAAGUCUUGACGUUCACUUCACGCUCGUCCGAUGAGAAGUCUGCCAAUGUCGCGUAUGGGCUCAUUGGUGCUUACGCGAUUGUUUACAUCGGGGCCGCGAUAUCCUUGACUCUAUAUGAGCACAAGGUGUACCGAACCCUGACCAAAUUCCGUGGAAGCUUGGUGACUUUGAUAUAUGAGAAGGCCUUGUUGCUCAACUCGUUGUCGGGUGCAUGGACCGCGGAAUCGAUUACCUUGAUGAGUGCUGAUAUUGACAGACUUGGCCUCUGUGCGCAGGAUGUGCAUGAGCUCUAUGCAAGCACUCUGGACGUAGCACUGUGUAUCUGGCUAUUGUAUAUCUACCUGGGAGUUGGCGCAGCGGCAGCAGCAGGCUUCAACGCAAUCUGUCUCUUUGCAAGCUUCCCCGUUGCGACUGUCGCCGGCAAGGCUCAAGUGCCUUGGUUGGACGCGAUUGAAGCCCGUCUGACAGCAACGGCACAGGCACUCGGGAAUAUUAAACCGAUCAGGAUGACGGGAUUGGCUGCAGGUGUCUCGUCGACUCUGAGAUGCCUCAGGGCAAUGGAGAUUUCCGCCGCUCGACGAUAUCGAAUAUGCAAUAUCUUCCUCAGCAUCGGGUACUUCCUCUCAUAUGCAUUCACGCCGGUGUUUGGAUUCGGCACGUAUGUGCUGGUUACGAAGGCAAACGAUUCCGGGGCUUUGACGGAAGAGACUGCCUUUGCUGCACUGGCCAUUUUCCAGCUGCUCAACAAGCCAACAGUGAUGGUAGUCGACGCAAUAGAGCAUUUGCAAACCGUCAUCGAGUGCUUUACGCGCAUUCAAUCCUAUCUGACUCGUACCGAACAAGCAGCUUAUAGGACUAUCACUUCUAAUCAAGCAGCACUCGAGGCUGUGACCGAGCAAGGCAUAGAGCUCAAACCAUCGAGGUCGAGAUCGACUAUGGACAAUGCGCCUCAUGUCGCGGCCGCCAUGUCCAGGCUCACACUGCGCUACUCGGCGGAGCAGAGACCCGUCCUAGAAGAUAUCAGCUUGGAGCUUCCUCGCUUCCAGACCACAAUGAUUGUCGGGCCCGUUGGGUGUGGGAAAUCAUCCUUGCUCAAACUUCUGCUGGGCCAAGUUCCACCGCCUGAAGGUCAACUCUAUACUCACUUCUCCCGGGCGGCCUACUGUGCCCAGCAGCCAUGGGUCUUCAAGGCAACUCUACGGGAGAACAUUGUUGGCAUGUCGUCGCCAUGGGACGAAACAUGGUACCGACAGGUCCUUCAGGCCUGCGCUCUGGUCAGCGACAUGAACGACCUUCCACAGGGCGACCAGACAGGAGCCGGGAUGCGUGGUGGCUCUCUGAGUGGUGGGCAAAGGAUACGUAUGUCACUGGCACGAGCCCUUUACUCCAGGGAGCCGGUUCUGAUCCUUGAUGAUGUCCUCACCGGCCUCGAUUCUGUGACGCAGCAAAGCAUUUCAGCUGCUGUCUUUGGACCAGAAGGACUCGUCAAGCGCUGCAGGUCCACCGUGAUCAUGGCCACUAGUUCAGUCGAUCAGGUUCGCUUUGCAGACCGGGUCAUUGUGCUUGGAAAAGGUAGAGUGACGCAUAACGUUCCAGUCAAGGAUUUCUCUUCCAUCAGCGACGAACUUCAAAGGCUGGACGACAGUGAAAGUGCACACGCGCCAGCUAUAAAGCGGGAUGAUCUAGACGUGACCUUGUCGGAGCUUGGGAUCCCUGCCAAUGAUGAAGAGGCCGCAGAGGCUGCAGAUGCCAGCCGACAGACCGGGGAUUUCAAGGCAUACGCAUUCUACGGCCGUGUCGCCGGGUUGAAGAGCGUUUCGAUCUGGCUUUUCUUCACCACAGUCUUCAUGUUUGGAUUGAACUUUCCUUCUGUAUGGCUUCAGUGGUGGGUCGAUGCAAAUCAACGCAAUCCGAACGAGCGCCUGGGAUAUUGGCUGGGGGGGUUUGCUGGACUUGCCUGUCUCGCCAUCGUGGCCAACAUCAUAUCUGACUGUACGUUGCAGUUGUUCAUUGUGCCGAAGACGUCGGCCAGAUUCCAUGAGCUUUUGAUGUCGACUACAAUGCGAGCGUGCACUGCAUUCUUGACAACUACUCAUGAGGGGUCUAUACUCAAUCGAUUCAGUCAAGAUCUCGAGUUGAUUGACAGUGACCUCCCUGGGGCACUCGACAAGACCAUGUUCUCCAUUCUGCAGACCGUGUUCACAACCGUCCUGAUCUUCACCGGGUCUGGGUAUUUGGCUAUCGCUCUGCCAGCCUCCCUGCUGGUUGUCUAUGGCAUACAGCAUUACUAUCUCCGUACAUCGCGCCAGCUGCGACAUGUCGAUAUAGAAGCUCGCGAGCCCCUGUUCGCCAGCUUUCUGGAUACUGUGACAUCGGUGGACAGUAUCCGCGCGUAUGGCUGGGGGGAACAAUAUAAGCAGCGGAACCAGGAUGCUCUGAAUACAUCACAAUCUCCCUACUACUUGAUGUGGACCAUCCAGCGGUGGCUCAACCUUGUGCUCAAUCUUUUUGUUGCUGGCCUAGCGGUCUUGCUGGUUGCCAUUGCAACAAACAUCUACGGUGGCUCGACGAGCUUUCUCGGCGUCGCUCUGUCCAACAUUGUGAAUUUCGGGACGACUAUUCAGCUCCUCGUCACUGACUGGACGGAGCUUGAGACAUCCAUCUGCGCUGUGAAUCGCAUCAGGACUUAUGUAUCGGACACCAAGCCUGAACCCACCCGCAACGACGAGGCUUCUCCGCCUCUGAACUGGCCAACGGAGGGUGUCAUUGCUCUGGAGGGUGUCACAGCCUCAUAUCCAUCGGCAGGAAGGCCGGUACUUAGAAAUAUCUCCCUCAAGAUCUCUCCAGGUGAGAAGGUGGCGAUCUGCGGUCGAACAGGAAGCGGCAAAUCAACCUUGAUGAGUACGUUAUUGCGAAUGGUUGACCUUGAUGCUGGCACAAUUACCAUUGAUGGAAUCGACAUUGCAAGUGUGCCGCGCGAGACCACUCGCCGACGCCUUACUACCAUGCCUCAGGACACGUUCUUCACCACCGGCACUGUACGACAGAACCUCGACCCAUUUGAAAUUGCGGCCGAUGAGUUACUCAUGACGGUUGUUGCCGAUCUGGGAUUGCGGGAAGUGCUAGACGAAGCUGGCGGGUUGCAUGCCGAAAUGAACAAUGACGGUCUUUCGUCGGGGCAGCAGCAGCUCUUCUGUCUGGCGCGUGCCAUCAUCAGGGGCGGUCCUAUCUUGCUCCUUGACGAAGCCACUAGCAGCGUCGAUUCCGUUACGAGUGACUUGAUGCAGCAGGCGCUUCACAAGACAUUCGCCAACAAGACUGUGAUCUCAAUUGCACAUCGCCUAGAGACUGUGGUUGAUUUUGAUCGCAUCAUCGUCUUGGACAAGGGCGAGAUAGUAGAAUCCGGCAGCCCUAAAGAGUUGCUUGCGAAGUCUGACUCGGCUUUUAAACGCUUAUUUGACAGUAGAAGUGGUCAUGUUUAAUGACAUAUUAUUCUUCUCAAUGUAUCAGGAGAUUUCGGGUUAUUCUAUAAUCCUUAGUAUGCUCUAGGAGAGAAAGGAUCAAAAUCACAUAAUUGUCUGCUAGCCAUUAUUCUUCUGCCAGCGUCUAGAAUCGGCAUCUACAGAAAGUCUGAUUCUAUCUACACUAUAACAUUAAAACUAACUUCUC